AUGUUUUUGUUUAUGCUAAAAGAGUAAAAUGUUUGUAGAGAAUUGUGCUGGUGAAAAAGUGCUAGAAGCUGCUGUUUACCAUGCAGGCUUUUUGAUUGGAGCUCAUCUGAAAACUUAGCUCCUCCUUGCCAUGUCAAUAUUGAUGGAUAGUUCUAUUGAUGUAACAUUCUCUGCUGAAAUACUUGGCACAGCCUGACUAUUGCACAUACCACCCCAGUUUGCAACCAUGAGGUCUGUGGCUGCCUUACUGAUCGUUUGCUGCCUGGUUCCCUUGGCCUAUACAGCCUGCUAUCGGGAAAUGGCGAAAAUUGAUAUAGAACAACCGGGGCUGAGGUUCUGUGAAGAUUCCUGGGAUAACACCCAGCACCGUGUUGGGACAAACUGGGUGAACUCUGGAUGCCAGAGUUGCAGCUGCGGUGCCGGAGGCAUGGAGUGUUGUGACAGAAUGGCACGACCAAGUGGAUAUCCCGCAGACUGCGAAGUGCUGUAUGACUGGAAGGAAUGCACCUAUGAAGUAGUGAAGAAGAAUGACCCUAGUAUUACAUGCCCCCACAGUGCAGUUGGGAAAUAACAAGCUUCAAUAAAGUGCAAGAAUGCAUUAUGUAACAUG